GGAAGUAAACAUGGAUUGCUGUUUCCUCCAAAAGGAUGUCUAUAAUCAAUUAGAUAUUUUCAAUUCCAAUCCUGACACUAUUAAUAAAUACGUUCUUGUAGAUAAAACAAACUAUCAUAUUCUCUCAGAAACACGGUGAUCAAGUUAUAAAAUUCUCAUCCUGAAGGUCAAAGGUUAGGCAAUGGCCGAUGCGCAGAUGCUCAAGAUGUGACAAGAGCAAGGCCAUAGUGGAUUGAUAAUUAUGAAUUCCUUCCUUUUAUUAACGACGUUCUGCUGGACAUAGACCAUCAUGGCACCAUUGCACUGACACGGUUUAAAAUGCGAAAGCCUGUACUGCGUGUAAAUAAAUAGAUCAGACAGUUGGUUUUAAUGCUGGCUAUAUUGGUCUAAUUCAUCAGUGGUGGAUCAAAAUCUAUAGUGUAGCAGCUGAUAUGGAAAAUUGAAGGUCAUUGUGCCAUUCUACAGACUCAGUUGAUAUAAGCAAACGGGGGAACGGCUUGUUGAUCCUCUGCAACUCACUAAUGUGUGUCCCUGGAGUGAGUGACCCCUGUGGCGGAGUUGCCGCCGCCACCGCUGCUGCAGACCCCCCGAGUCGCCGCCGCCAAUGCAGGGCGUGGAUCUCCUGGUGGGCGUGGCUCUGAUGGAGGAGGACAGACCGGUGCUACCCGGCGUCAACAUCCGCGCCGCAACGCCGGAACGUCUCAUCCAGCUCUGCGUUGAAGUCUUCUGUGAGGCGGGCCCGUGUGAGCGGCAGGAGGAGUAUGCUCGGGUCUUCUACCUCAUGCACCAAUGGUUCAUGAAGUCCGAAGAUCUUGCUCAGGCCUUCAUAGAUCUUUACCAGGGUUGCGAUGAAACGAUCUCGUGUGAUGUGGCAGCCUGUCAUCACCUUCCCACAGUCCAACAGUGUCCCAUACAGCAAUACAAGGCCAAAAUAUGUCAGGCUGUCAGAUAUUGGAUACGGCACUUCCCUGUUCAUUUUGAUCUAGACGCACGAUUGGUCAAAGCUGUUGAACAGCUUGGAUGUCUCCUCCAAUCAGAAGGCAAUGUUCAGCUCAAGGAACUCAUUGAUUUGUCCAAAGUACCUUCUUAUGACUGGAUGAGGAAUAUGUCUGUUCGUCAGCCGUCCCGGAAACAUUCGCGUAAAGUGUCACUUGUCUUCAAUCAUUUAGAGCCAGAUGAGUUAGCAGAACAGCUGACGUAUCUUGAGUUUAAGGCGUUUAGGAGAAUUCAUUUUUCAGAUUUCAAGAACUAUGCAGUGACAGCCUCUCUGAAGGAGAACCCAAAGUUGGAGCGAUCAAUAGCGUUAUUCAACGGCCUUUCCCAGUGGGUCCAGUGCAUGGUUCUCAGCAAAACUACACCUCAACAGAGAGCUGAUGUCAUCAUUAAGUUUGUCAAUGUGGCCAAGAGGCUGCGGGUACUACAGAACUUCAACACACUGAUGGCUAUUGUUGGAGGCCUCACUCACAGCGCACUGGCGAGACUCUCCAAAACUAAUGCAUGUCUGCCCUCAGAAACACACAAGAUUUUAAUAGAGUACACCGAACUGCUGUCUUCAAAUAACAACUUCAGUAAUUACAGGAAAAUAUAUCACCAAGCAACAGGCUUUAAGAUACCAAUCUUGGGGGUCCACUUGAAAGAUCUCAUCUCUCUGCACACGGCUCUCCCCGACAAGGUCGAAGGCAACCUCGUCAACUUCCGCAAGAUGGCUCAACUCUCCCUCAUCCUCACCGAGCUCACGCGCCUACAACGACAAGACAGCGACCCUGUUGAUGCCAACAUGGACUUAGUGAAUACUUUGAGAUUGUCCCUGGACCUCCAUUACACAGAGGAUGAGAUAUAUGAGCUGUCUCUGGCCCGGGAACCCAGGGGAUCCGUGUCCUCGCCAACAACACCGACUAAGCCCGUAGUGUUUGCAGACUGGGUUGCCGGAGUUAAGCCCCCUGAUCCCACCACCAUCAACAAACAUGUCCACGACAUGGUGGAGGCUGUGUACAAAAACUAUGACCAUGACCGAGAUGGGUUUAUUUCUCACGCUGAAUUUGAGGCCAUCGCUGGCAACUUCCCUUUCAUUGAUUCCUUCUGUGUGCUGGACGCCGAUCAAGAUGGAAUGAUAAGCAAGGAGGAAAUGAAAACAUACUUCAUCCGAGCCAAUUGCCAUGCUGUGCGCAGUAGUUUCAAACACGCCUUCCACGAAACCACAUACUUCAAACCUACCUUCUGUAUCCACUGUACUGGGCUGCUGUGGGGGUUAAUCAAGCAGGGCUGGAAAUGUAAAGACUGUGCAAUCAAUGCCCACAAACACUGCAAGGACUUGGUGGUGAUGGAGUGUCGGAGCAAGGGACAUAGGAGGACAGAGUCCAUGUCGAACGGUGUCGGGCCACAUGACUUGACCUUAACGGCAAAAUGGAAAAUCUCCCAGCGUCACCGCAGAGCUCAAAACCUAAGCGCUAACCCCUCCCCACAACCUGAAAUCCGAGUACUGCGUGAAGGUCGUCAGAGGUCUCACAGUGAGAGCCAGGACGGAGAGUUCUAUGAGGGGAAGCCACUGAUCUAUGAGAGAUUGAUCAAAGCGGAAGAGGCGCGGGAACAGCUGAUGGAAGAAAACCUACGUUUGAGGGCACGUCUAGAAACUGCAAACGAGCAAAUUCUCACACUGAAAGCCCAUAUUGGUGUUAUUCGGCAAAAUACCAUCUCUUUCAUUCUGGAACAGAUGGACGCUUUAAACAUGCAGAGAGAUACCGAGGUCUAAGAGCAAAAAACUUGCCAGAAUUCUAGAUGAGAUUUGUCAAGAUAGGUCGUGUUGCAUGUGCAGCGACAUUCUUCUGUCGGAUGUGGCCGUGUAUGGGUUUGUGGAAGGCUCCAUUGGCAUCUGGUUUUGUUUGGAAGGGUGGCAGGUAGGUAUUCUUCAACUACCUGGACACCCCUCCUUUGUCAAAUGAGUCGUCUCAUGUUGAUACAAUACCAUGUGGGAUUACCAUUCUGUUAUCAUUCCAUUUAUGUACUGUAGGAUAUGGACCUACCAAUCAUGACCAUCGAUCCUAUCAUGUGACCAGUAACACUACGUCUUGUGACAAAAUUAACCAAUGAGGAAUCACCGGCUAGCAGUGUUACUAUUGAAAAUGAUUGUGUUGUUAAACUUCUACUGGCGCCAGUAAUAUUGGGACUGUUGUGGAGAGUGACGACUUGAAUUGUAACAUUCUUGCAGUAUUUUUACACCAAGGCAUAAUGAUAUCAUGUGUAGAUAUAUAUAUUAUGUAGGUAUUGAACAAUAUAUCAUGCUGAUUGUUCCAAAAAUAUAUCAGUUGUUCUGCUUCCAUGGGCAACUGAUGGAUGAUGUCGGAUAUAUCCAGCCGUUGUCAUGGCAACAAGGGAACCAAUAGUCUCCUGACACAAUGUAGGUUGGAACUCUUUAAAGGAACAGACAGAGGGGAUUCCCUGACAAUUGGUUGUCAUGCUGGAGGUGAAGAUGACGAUGUCGGGUUGUCAAAGACGAAAUCUCCCAUGUGAAUGUGGGACCAACUGUGUACAAUCAGUCAUUCUUCAUAGAGGAGGGAACAUGUUUGUGUUAAUAUGUGUAGUUGAGAAGAAAAUGACACCAGCCAUUAUUUUUGGUAAAUGUUUACAUGUACGUGAAGUGUAGACUGAGAGACUUGUUAAGCAAUCCACAUUGACUUGAUCAUGUGACCAAGACAACCAAUCGCAGUUGUUGUCUCUUUUUUGGCCAAGAUGGCUGUGCUGAAGACAGGAAGCCCCCAAGCCGAGGACAUUGAGGUGAUGUUGACACAGACAAACAAUUAUUGCACUGUAGAUCUCGAAUGUGAGGGAAUACUAGCUGAAGCGUCUCUCACCUUGGAGGCAAAGGAAAUGUGUCUAGAAAACACUGACAAGUCCAGGGCGUUGUUGAUCGCAUGUUGAAUCAGCUCAAUAGCGUGUCUCAUAGCAAGGAAAUGUCAAGAAAAUGCUGAAUCGAAAGGAUGUACCAGUGCAAGCGAUCUGCAUAAUCAGUGAAGGCUAGGAGACAAAUAUGUUGAUGAAAGGCUUGUUGAUGCUUUGAUGUGGGAACUAUGAACUAUCUGUGAAUGUGUGUUUCCAGAGUGAUCACUCAGGCCAGGGGAUAGAGCGAGAACAUGUGUGGCGCUGUGUGGUCCUGUGUGCCUGUCUAAUAAUGAUAGUAUGGUUGCUGAUCACAUUUACUAUAGAAUGCCGUGCAAUUGAGGAGUGUUUUUUUCUCAAAAGAUUUUGAUCUGACGUUUUAAACAGACAGGAAUUGUAAUGUAGUUUAUACUUAUUAUUUUCCCAAUGAAGCCAGCCAGAUCUUCAACUACAAUAGUGAAGUUGUCUGUGCAAAAGUUCCAAGUCAUAGGCUAAAUGCAUAUGCUUGUCUCACACACUGUUGGAAUAAGGAAAGAGUAUUGUUAGACCUGAUGGACAGAUUAACGUCAUGCCUAACAUGUGAGAAUAUUGUAUAUGUACUGUAUGGACCAACCCUUACUAUAAGGCCACAAGACUACACAGUGUCUGUGUUCAGGGAAAAGACUGGGGCCUGUCCGCCUUCCUGAGCCAGGCGCUUGGUAUCAGCUAAUAGAAUCAAGCACACACCGUGGGAUCAGCUAAGGGGAGAUAAUCAUGUAUAUGAAGGAGUUAUACGAGUCCUCAUCCUGUUGCUAGUCAGCAUCCAACUAGUUUCUAGCGUAUGGCAUCCAUUUUACCGCCCACCUCCCUCCUUUUCUCUCAGUUGACCAGGGGAGAUAAGCGUGUCACAUCUAGAGCAGUUUGUGUCUCCAUGUGUCUCCUUCUGUCCUGACGUCUGUUUGUAUAUAUUUCCUAUUUAUGCAAUAUUGCUAUGUUGAUAUCCAUGUGGCUUUGUACAAUUCAGUCAUAUUAUGAAUGUUGACUAUCAAGUGUUUUGUUAUGUUACCACAAAUACUUUUCUUCUAGUCUUGGAGCAACCUGAAAUUCCUUUUUUCCUGUUUUUUGUUGAGUUUUUAUUUCAGAUAUUUAUCCUGUUUUUCCGAGAUGUUUCUAUUGGUGACCUUAAUUUAGCUAUUGCUGCUCCCGUGAAUUGAGCACGGAUAUAGUGUGGGUGGCAGUUUACCAUAAUAUUACAUGUUCUCCCUGUCUAAGAAACAGUACAAUGCUGGAUCUUUCUCAAACCAAACAAGAACUAUAAAGGCUGGUAGUGGUAUAGCACUCUGACAUCGUCAUGGUAACAGUGAGAACACUAAUAUCUCAUUGUGAAUACAUCACGGGUCUUCUCUGCACUGGGGCGGUCGGGUAGCCUUGUGGUUAAAGCGUUCGCUCGUCACGCCGAAGACCUGGGUUCGAUUCCCGACAUGGGUACAAUGUGUGAAGCCCAUUUCUGGUGUCCCCCGCCGGAAUAUUGCUAAAAGCGGCGUAAAAUCAAACUCACUCACUCACUCACUCUUCUCUGCACUGCGUUCCUCCAACAUCCUUUAAUACAUUUAUGGUGAAGACUAUUUUUUACCAGCAAAUCAAGAUGUGGCCGGACUCAAGCCAGGGGGAUACCAGUGAAUGCACAGAUCAAUGAACGCUGAGGUUACAUUGUGUAAACAACAUUAAUACCCAUGGGGUUAGAAAUAACUGAGUUCAUAAACAUUGUAUGUACACUAGUUCAAAUUUCACAUCUGUGUUGUUUGCAUCAUCCUGACGGCAUUGUUGACAUCAUUCGAAUCUUAUUGUGACGUAAGGAUGGAUUGACGUCACACUAGAAGUGACAUCAAGAUUUUUUAUGUCAUUCGACAGAUUGUCUUUUUCGAGAACAGUCGUGGUGAUCACUGCAUUUUUCUAAAGGGGAGCUCAAAGGGAUUAAAAAAUAAUGGGUAAUAAAGAAAUUAUUACACUCACGUGUGUCAUACUGAUUUUAUGAAACUCGUAUAAGAAUUCAUGUAUUACCCUUGCCUUCAUUUGGGAAAUACAAGAAUUCUGACUCUCGUAUUGUAAAAUCAGUAUGACACUCAUGCUCGUAGAAUAAUCUCUAUAUGGUACUUUCAAUAUCAAUAUCUUCUGCUUCGAUAUCAGGCAAAAAUUUGUGAAAGCUCAUUCACGAGCAGGGACAUUUCAAAUGUAUGUUUUACACAUGGCCUCAUUACAUUAGUUAGCUAAACAUAGCAACACGUCACAAGUACACGGCAGAUUGGCUGUAUGUAUUCACUGUGAUGGAGGAACGUAGUGCAUUCUUAACCAAUAAACAGCCCUCAAAGUAGCGACCAUUUUGGUGGCCAAAUGCGACUUAAAUCUAUGACCUUAAUUUAUAUACUGCUCGCCACUUGGCUACCUAAAAGUCAACAUAACUGGUGACAAUAUCUAUUUUAGAUAUCUGUUGGCUCCUAAGAAGUUAGGUUUGGCUCCUAAAAUAUUCAUGUUUGGAGCCGCUUGGCUCCCUAACAAGAAAACAAACUUAGAGGGCUGUAUGAAGUAUUGAGGCCGCUGUGGCCAUCUCUGUCUCCUAUCUCCUGUGCAUUGUUGCCAUUGUGUGCUGGUACCGCUGUCGUCAGGGUUGCUGGUACUGCAGUUGUCAGGGUUGCUGGUACCGCAGUCGUCAGGGUUGCUGGUACUGCAGUUGUCAGGGUUGCUGGUACCGCUAUCGUCAGGGUUGCUGGUACCGCAGUCGUCAGGGUUGCUGGUACUGCAGUCGUCAGGGUUGCUGGUACCGCAGUCAUCAGGGUUGCUGGUACCGCAGUUGUCAGGGUUGCUGGUACCGCUAUCGUCAAGGUUGCUGGUACCGCAGUCGUCAGGGUUGCUGGUACCGCAGUCGUCAGGGUUGCUGGUACUGCAGUCAUCAGGGUUGCUGGUACUGCAGUUGUCAGGGUUGCUGGUACCGCUAUCGUCAAGGUUGCUGGUACCGCAGUCGUCAGGGUUGCUGGUACUGCAGUCGUCAGGGUUGCCUGAGACUUGUGUCUUUGUUAUUCCUGCAGCUGUCUAGCAGUGAGAUGUGUCCGGGAUGUCUAGCAGUGGGAUGUGUCCAAGAUAUACCACACAAAGUAUCCCACAUGUCUAGCAGUGGGAUUAAUUCCCCAAAUGUACCAAGAUGACAAUGUGCAAAUGAAAACAAUUGCUCUGAUAGUGUGCGGCUCAACUUUUGAUAGGGUUAUUUUCAUCUUUCCAGGAUUCUCAUACGUCAAGUGUAUAUUUAGAAUGUCGAAUCUGAUUAGCCGUAUCAAAAGUUGAGAAGUAUAUUUUAAAAUAGGAUAAAUUUCACGAGUUCAUAAAAACAAGUUAAUUUAACAUUCGACUCAUUUCUAAAUGAAAAAUUGUAACACACUGUUCAGCUGACUAAAACUGCUUUCCUUUGUCUGUCUUUGUGAUGACUUUACCUUAUACAGCUAGGGCUGGCUAUCGAUACAGAUCAUAGAGUUUGAUAAUCUUUUCAGUAAAUAUUUAUCAAUGAUCGAUAAAUAUUGGAGAAGUCACUUUGGGCAAAUAUGUUUUAAAAAAGUCCGAAAGAAAUCGACACACUUCUUGCAUGGAUUACUUUGUGGACAUUUUAGUUCUGACAAAAACAGUUGCUUUCUGUCUUUGGCAAUUGACAUUUUUGACAAUAACAACUCUGUUUGGGUAAUUUUAAAUUUUUGUUUCAUCACAAUUGUUGAUGUAAGAUAUUAUUGAUGACACAAUUUUCAUAUUCCCAAUCGUACAAAUGUCUUCCCAUCAACGAUAAAUCCGAUUAUUGAUCUUUUUAGCCCGCCCUAUAUAAAUCCAAAGAAAGUGUCAAUAAGAAUGUUUCCAUGUUUUUGUAGAUUUUACCCCCAACUUUGUCUAGAAUGUCCUUGGAAUAUGCUAGUAAAUCUCAGACACCAGACACCAGGUGUAACAAAGCCAAGAUCUCAAGUUUUUGUUCUAUCUUCCAUAUAAAACGAACAUGUUUUAUUUUUCUGUAUUCCUGAGAAGAUUAUUUGCUGUUGCCUGGUAUGGAGUAAUGUUAGUGAUCUGAAUGCAUAAUGUUUCAUUGAUUAAGGCUGAAUAGUACAAACUACAUGUUCAAUAUGCUGUGAAAUCUCAAUUAAUGAUCUGUUCCACAGGACUUGACUAGAUCUGCUGCCCACAAUGGUGACUGGCCUACCGGUCAAAUUUUUGUGUUUUAAAACUGGUUUUAUAUUUGAAGGUUUUGCAACACUGAUAGUUGUUGUCAAAAUAACAAUUAAAUACAUCUGUAGUAACUGGUAGUUGGCUGUACCGUAUUCGUCGUAAUAAUCUCCACACUGUUUAGAAAUUAUACAAAGGGGGGUUUAUUAAAGCGAUAUGUGAGUUAUAUUUGUUAUCGAGCGGUGGUGGACAAACUUAGUUCAAAUGUCGGUGAAGCUAACAUUUUUUAGAUGAUAGUUACUAGGAAUUAUAUAUUGUGAAAAUAUAUGUAGUAUACACAAGCAUAUACAGUCUUAGUAGGGGGUGCUUAUUAAAUUACAUUGUCUAAAAGUUAGUCAGGGUUGCAAGGGGCUUAAUACGGCAAAUACGGUAAUAGUGAUUUUAUAAGACCAGAUGUUUUUAUUUUCUUGUUACACAGAUCAGCCUAUCAUAAAUUUUGCAAAAGUAAAAUAUAACAAAUAUUAAGUGAAGUUUUUUUUUAAAUGUCUUUUAUGGUGUAUUUUUAUUAUUUUUAUAUUUAAAGGGUAUUGUUUAGAAAAUUAGUCCUAAAUCACCCAGAAAAUCUAUGUUUUCCUAAUGCUGUUUAGGGCUUGGCAUAUUGACCAAACUGAUCUGAGCAACAAGAAAUAUAUUUUACUCUGGCCAAGUUAUUCUCAAAUAAUUUCAUAUACACAAAUGUUUCGUUAAAGUAUGCUGGAUUCUCUGUAAUGAUAAUGACAUCCAGAAGAACUACAUGCAUGUUUAAUUGAACUAUCAGUAGACAUAAUAAUGAUUUCAUAAAUUAUUUGUUAUCAUGGACAUACACUGGGAACAUUUUUUAAGAGAUCUUUAAGUUUCCAAAUUGUUUUCAUGCUGUAAUAAUUUUUAUUCUUGUUUGAUGCAUGUGCCAGAUAUUAUUCCCAUUGAAAAAAGCAUGAGUUUUACAUACUCCAUUUCCUGCUGCUCUUUAUACAAGUUAUAUUUCUACCUGAGUAGAAGCCGUGUUAACACAAAUCAUGUCAUCAAGCCUGUUGAGACAUUACAUUUUAUGAGAUGUACAGUGGAAUAUUUUUUAACACUUCAUUUUACCACAUUCCAAUAAUGAGCUUUUUACCUUUAGAAUAACAAGCAACAGUUGUUAUUUGAUGGAGGCUGAUUGCUUAGUGGUAUGGAAGGUGUACACUGUACAGAGUUAACUCCCUUAGCUGCAGAAUCAUGGUUGUGGUGUUACCUAAUCAUUUGUUCCUGGCGACACCAAACCUAAUCAUUUGUUCCUGGCGACACCAAACCUAAUCAUUUGUUCCUGGCGACACCAAACCUAAUCAUUUGUUCUUGGCGACACCAAGCCCAUGAAGAUACUGAACCAAUUAGUAAAUGUUAAUGACAAACGUCACUCUGGCUCUCCUUCCAGAUUGGGUUGUCAUGCCGUGGAAGAAAUGAUAUGCUGUUCCAAUCGGUGUUAAACCCAACUCACAUUCUCGAUCAUUCAACCUUACAUCUUAACUGACAUUGUAUGACAUUUAGUUUGUUAUUUCAAUACAUGUAUACAAAUAGGGCUAUUUGAAUGCUAGAGUACAAACAUUAGACUUUGUGUUGUCAUUUGUGUGAGAUCUUAACAGUGACCUUGAUUUGUGGUGUGUGAACGGUAGAUCAGUAUUAUUUGUUGAUUCUAUAACUGAACAGUAAAAUCAGUCCUAGCAAACCAGUUUCUUAUUUUAAUGUUUAUAGAGAAUAUUUUAUAUUCCAAACCUAGUGCAAUGGAUAUCUAUCUGCUUUGUAUGAUGCUGCCACAGUGACUGGCUGUAGAUACUAGAUCAGUCUUAUAGUUCUAGGACGUUUACCCUGAUCAUGAAACAUAUCUUGAAACACGAUGAGUAUGACACGUCUCCAUGUCUGCCUGCCUCUACCAAGGGAGACAAUCUACUAUACGGGUCAGUGCUAGUUGGUGUUCAUCCUCCACAUCCGUAGUCUAGGUCAUCAUGUGCUGCUACAGUUGAUGUUCAUAGAAGCCUCAUCCAGGAAGUGUGUGAAGGAGCUUGUUGUUAGGCUAGAGAUGAUCAUCCACAUGUGUCAUUCUCAUUGACAUUAUCUUCUAAUUGAUUAAUGACCACCAUGGACUGUUGGGAGGGAGCUGUCGUUUAUUAUAGAUUGUGUGGUUUAUUCUUGAGCAUAAUAAAAUAAAUUGCCUUAACCGUUAUGUCAGUCUGCAUCCCACCAGCCUAUAGAUAUUAAUUAUCCUCCCCAGGGAUCUAAUAAUGCCAUAGCUAUCAUGAAAAUUGCACUUGUAGUAUUGAUUUCACACAACCAUAACAUUUCUGUUAAACCAUUCCAAAGACUUUAUCUUUUUUUAUGUGAUCCUUCCGACAAUUGUGUAUUGUUUCCAUGACCCUUCCCUCUCUUUUUCUCCCUCAUCUCCUCCUUCCUCACCCAUGGGUUAGCAUCCCUCCCCCUUCUGACUUGGCCCUAGCUGCCCUAUGAUAGUGACGGGUCCCUCUGGGGGAGUUUAUCACAGUAUCAAAGGUGCUAUGAAGUGUACGAUAGUUGUAAGGGUUCACAAGCUAUUUCAUAGUUGUAUGGGUUCACGGGCUAUUUCAUAGUUGUAUGGGUUCACGGGCUAUUUCAUAGUUGUAUGGGUUCACGGGCUAUUUCAUAGUUGUAAGGGUUCACGGGCUAUUUCAUAGUUGUAUGGGUUCACGGGCUAUUUCAUAGUUGUAUGGGUUCACAAGCUAUUUCAUAGUUGUAUGGGUUCACGGGCUAUUUCAUAGUUGUAUGGGUUCACAAGCUAUUUCAUAGUUGUAUGGGUUCACAAGCUAUUUCAUAGUUGUAUGGGUUCACGGGCUAUUUCAUAGUUGUAUGGGUUCACAAGCUAUUUCAUAGUUGUAUGGGUUCACAAGCUAUUUCAUAGUUGUAUGGGUUCACGGGCUAUUUCAUAGUUGUAUGGGUUCACGGGCUAUUUCAUAGUUGUAUGGGUUCACAGGCUAUUUCAUAGUUGUAUGGGUUCACAAGCUAUUUCAUAGUUGUAUGGGUUCACGGGCUAUUUCAUAGUUGUAUGGGUUCACGGGCUAUUUCAUAGUUGUAUGGGUUCACGGGCUAUUUCAUAGUUGUAUGGGUUCACAAGCUAUUUCAUAGUUGUAAGGGUUCACAAGCUAUUUCAUAGUUGUAUGGGUUCACGGGCUAUUUCAUAGUUGUAUGGGUUCACAGGCUAUUUCAUAGUUGUAUGGGUUCACAAGCUAUUUCAUAGUUGUAUGGGUUCACGGGCUAUUUCAUAGUUGUAUGGGUUCACGGGCUAUUUCAUAGUUGUAUGGGUUCACGGGCUAUACCAUAGUUGUAUGGGUUCACAAGCUAUUUCAUAGUUGUAUGGGUUCACAAGCUAUUUCAUAGUUGUAUGGGUUCACGGGCUAUUUCAUAGUUGUAUGGGUUCACGGGCUAUUUCAUAGUUGUAUGGGUUCACGGGCUAUUUCAUAGUUGUAUGGGUUCACGGGCUAUUUCAUAGUUGUAAGGGUUCACGGGCUAUGUCAUAGUUGUAUGGGUUCACGGGCUAUUUCAUAGUUGUAUGGGUUCACAAGCUAUUUCAUAGUUGUAUGGGUUCACGGGCUAUUUCAUAGUUGUAUGGGUUCACGGGCUAUUUCAUAGUUGUAAGGGUUCACAAGCUAUUUCAUAGUUGUAUGGGUUCACGGGCUAUUUCAUAGUUGUAAGGGUUCACGGGCUAUUUCAUAGUUGUAUGGGUUCACAAGCUAUUUCAUAGUUGUAUGGGUUCACAAGCUAUUUCAUAGUUGUAUGGGUUCACGGGCUAUUUCAUAGUUGUAUGGGUUCACAGGCUAUUUCAUAGUUGUAUGGGUUCACGGGCUAUUUCAUAGUUGUAAGGGUUCACAAGCUAUUUCAUAGUUGUAAGGGUUCACGGGCUAUUUCAUAGUUGUAUGGGUUCACAAGCUAUUUCAUAGUUGUAUGGGUUCACAAGCUAUUUCAUAGUUGUAUGGGUUCACGGGCUAUUUCAUAGUUGUAUGGGUUCACAGGCUAUACCAUAGUUGUAAGGGAUCACGGGCUAUUUCAUAGUUGUAUGGGUUCACAGGCUAUACCAUAGUUGUAAGGGAUCACGGGCUAUUUCACAGUUGUAUGGGUUCACGGGCUAUUUCAUCGUUGUAAGGGUUCACAAGCUAUUUCAUAGUUGUAUGGGUUCACGGGCUAUUUCAUAGUUGUAUGGGUUCACGGGCUAUUUCAUAGUUGUAAGGGUUCACGGGCUGUGUCAUAGUUGUAUGGGUUCACGGGCUAUUUCAUAGUUGUAAGGGUUCACAAGCUAUUUCAUAGUUGUAUGGGUUCACGGGCUAUUUCACAGUUGUAUGGGUUCACGGGCUAUUUCAUCGUUGUAAGGGUUCACAAGCUAUUUCAUAGUUGUAUGGGUUCACGGGCUAUUUCAUAGUUGUAUGGGUUCACGGGCUAUUUCAUAGUUGUAAGGGUUCACGGGCUGUGUCAUAGUUGUAUGGGUUCACGGGCUAUUUCACAGUUGUAUGGGUUCACGGGCUAUUUCAUCGUUGUAAGGGUUCACAAGCUAUUUCAUAGUUGUAUGGGUUCACGGGCUAUUUCAUAGUUGUAUGGGUUCACGGGCUAUUUCAUAGUUGUAAGGGUUCACGGGCUGUGUCAUAGUUGUAUGGGUUCACGGGCUAUUUCAUAGUUGUAUGGGUUCACGGGCUAUUUCAUAGUUGUAUGGGUUCACGGGCUGUGUCAUAGUUGUAUGGGUUCACGGGCUAUUUCAUAGUUGUAAGGGUUCACAAGCUAUUUCAUAGUUGUAUGGGUUCACGGGCUAUUUCAUAGUUGUAUGGGUUCACGGGCUAUUUCAUAGUUGUAUGGGUUCACGGGCUAUUUCAUAGUUGUAUGGGUUCACAAGCUAUUUCAUAGUUGUAUGGGUUCACGGGCUAUUUCACAGUUGUAUGGGUUCACGGGCUAUACCAUAGUUGUAUGGGUUCACAAGCUAUUUCAUAGUUGUAUGGGUUCACGGGCUAUUUCAUAGUUGUAUGGGUUCACGGGCUAUUUCAUAGUUGUAUGGGUUCACGGGCUAUUUCAUAGUUGUAUGGGUUCACAAGCUAUUUCAUAGUUGUAUGGGUUCACGGGCUAUUUCACAGUUGUAUGGGUUCACGGGCUAUUUCAUCGUUGUAAGGGUUCACAAGCUAUUUCAUAGUUGUAUGGGUUCACGGGCUAUUUCAUAGUUGUAUGGGUUCACGGGCUAUUUCAUAGUUGUAAGGGUUCACGGGCUGUGUCAUAGUUGUAUGGGUUCACGGGCUAUUUCACAGUUGUAUGGGUUCACGGGCUAUUUCAUCGUUGUAAGGGUUCACAAGCUAUUUCAUAGUUGUAUGGGUUCACGGGCUAUUUCAUAGUUGUAUGGGUUCACGGGCUAUUUCAUAGUUGUAUGGGUUCACGGGCUAUUUCAUAGUUGUAUGGGUUCACGGGCUAUUUCAUAGUUGUAUGGGUUCACGGGCUGUGUCAUAGUUGUAUGGGUUCACGGGCUAUUUCAUAGUUGUAUGGGUUCACGGGCUAUUUCAUAGUUGUAUGGGUUCACGGGCUGUGUCAUAGUUGUAUGGGUUCACGGGCUAUUUCAUAGUUGUAAGGGUUCACAAGCUAUUUCAUAGUUGUAUGGGUUCACGGGCUAUUUCAUAGUUGUAUGGGUUCACGGGCUAUUUCAUAGUUGUAUGGGUUCACGGGCUAUACCAUAGUUGUAAGGGUUCACAAGCUAUUUCAUAGUUGUAAGGGUUCACAAGCUAUUUCAUCGUUGUAUGGGUUCACGGGCUAUUUCAUAGUUGUAUGGGUUCACGGGCUGUUUCAUAGUUGUAUGGGUUCACGGGCUAUUUCAUAGUUGUAUGAACUUCACGGGCUAUUUCAUAGUUGUAAGUGUCCAUGGGCUAUUUCAUAGUUGUAAGUGUCCACGGGCUAUGUCAUAGUUGUAAGUGUCCACGGGCUAUUUCAUGGUUGUAAGGGUCCACAGGUUAUAUCUCAUGUGCUGAGAUCUUCAGGUUUUCGCCUAGUUUCUGAGAUCUCAUGAUUGUGUUGUUAUUGUGAUCCAAUAGUGGUUUUAGUUGUCUAGAUCCACAGAUUAUCUCUAAGGCGCCAGGAUCUCCAGGAUAUCUCUAAGUAUCUGCAAGCCACAAGUUAGGCCAUAUUUGAUUGGAUCUGAAGAUUAUCUCAUUUUAAAGUCAUAAAAUCAAAAACAGACAUUUAAAAAUCUUUAAUACCCAAUUACUCAUCACAGGAUGUCUAUAUAUGCUAAGCAAAUAAUUUGGGCACUAGUGAUUUCCAACCACACCAAAUAUGUGCUUGGAGGUAUCUGAUGUUGAUGAAAGGAUUUGAUGGCAUUUGGUAGACAAAGUUCCCAAAUGCCAGACAGGGCUGUCAGGAGCCAUAUUGUCAGCAAUACAAAGUGGAAACAUGUUCGAGAGAUGGACACUUAAUUCCCGCCACGACAUGAGUUAUACAUUCAGUUAUGUUUCACUGGACCACUUACAUCUUUCAUCCUGGGCAGCUUUUCAGUCCGCCAAUAAACCUAGCUUCUUCACCCUACAUUCAUAGAAAGGCUUCAAGAAGUACAACCAAGCAGGACUGAUGUUCUUACCAUUAUUGCAAUAUGGGCCAUUAUACAAUCUGACUUCCAGGUUGUCAUGGACACCAGACUUUCUUGACCAGGGCCCGUUCCACAAAGCAAUCUUGGCACUAUGACUGUCGUAAGCCUAUGUUAAAGUAUAGGAGCUACGAUCAUCUUAGCCCAGAGAUCACUUCGUGGAACGAGACCCAGAUCUAUAUCUCCAAGGUUGGUGUGAUCUCCACUGCUAGUCUAUGGUUUAAUAUUCCAUUUGUAGAUCACAUUCUCCUCAUCAUCUUUUCUCAUCACCUUCAUCGUCCAUGUAACAGAAAGUAUUUUACGAUGAUUUGCUAUGUACAAUUUGAUACAUGUGUGUUUUUAGAAGUGGAAUGAUGAUGGGAACAUUUAUCUAUUUUUUAUCACUAUCAAGCUGAUUUCUAUCUAGCUAGUUUCAUGACUUUUGGAAAAUACAUUACAUGUUACAUCUGGACAUUUUCAGAAGUGUUGUCGUUAUAAAACCAUCUGUUUUGUUGGCUUCCGUUUCCUUGAAUCUCCAUCUUCGCUUCUUUCCAUUGCAGUUCCUAGGACCAACCUUAAUUAUCGUUGUUUCUUACUUUUUGUUUUAAGAUUUUUAUAUUUUAUUUACAAGAUAUCUAUUAGACUGAUGUGUGCCAAAGUCACUGUAGGUCGAGGAGAGGAAUGGAUGGUAUAUUUGAGUUCCAUACAUUGUGUAUCUUCAUCAGAUUGUGUGAGUCUUUACAUUGUAACGUUCUACAUCCGAUCUUUCACUAGAGCAGUAAACGAUCAUGUUUAUAUUUCUUAAGGUUUGGCAAUUUGUGUCAUUGUUUAAUCACAUGAAUCUUAUUAGAACCACAUGUUAGUUGACAAUCUUCAGCUGAACAUAGAUAGUGCUGUAGGUUUUCUGAUUAUAAGUGUCGCUGAUGUGGAGCUGUUGUUUAGACAGUAAACAGUGCAUUCUGGGAAAUAUGUACAAUUUCAAUUAAUUUAAAACAAAUGUUGAACUAAGUGCAAGAAUCUGAUACUGCUGAUGCAGACUAAAAUUAAUUCUUUCAAAAUUAGGAAUGCUGGUUCAUGUGUUAAGUAAAUUUGGCUCUGAUCUAAAAACAUCAAAAGUUAAUUUUGUCAGUGUGUUGUUUGCUGUCUAAAUAUACUAUUUCUUACCUCAGUGAGAUGUAGUCUUUCAUUCUAUACCAUGAGCUGUCAGAUGCAUCUGUCGGGGACGUCAACUGCAGAUGCUGGUGUGCCCAAUGCAGUUGUUCCCGAUGAUGAUGAUGUAGUCAGCAGUUAUUAAGGGCGUGCGAUGCAUCUGACAUCUUAACUCAUGCUGUCAAGGGUGGUGUUUUUCUCAGAUGAUGUGUAGAGAUAUUUUCAUGUUCCAUUUGUACAGCUCUGUUUUCAUUGAAAGUUGUAAUAUAAUGUUUUAAUACAAAACUUUAAAAUUCUGAACAGAAAAACAAUGGUUUUUGUGCUCUGAACUUGGUAAUUUCUGCACAAAUCACUGUUUAAAGAUUCCUAUGAGAGCAAGGCGUGGCACAAGUUGUAUUCGUGGGCUUGAAACUGAAGACUAGACAGACAUUCUUGUGAUAUUGGUGAAAGAAUUCCCAAAUUUUUGUAAGAUCGACAAAAAUAUUUUAUAUAUUGUAUUAAAUUAUUGUAUCCAAAAAAAUCACAAGAUUUAUUUUUUAAAUUUCAUUGAUAAGAUGCCAAGUUUUGAGUGUGAAGAGAUACAAACUAUUGGUACAUACGCCGCCAGUCCAACUUGUGCAACAACUGGCUCCUGCUUCUUCCAUAUCUUAUCCCUCAUUUACCGACGUUCAGGUAUGAACUGUGCUGACCACAAAGAAAGGUGAACAAUUUGUUUGUGUAUCUGUUGUCUUGACCAAUCUGUCUAGACAAGACUUCCUAUUGCAACUCUGUCUCACUCGUGUUCUGUGUAUUGUAUGACCUACUCGUGUUCUGGCCUUCGUCAACUGACCGGUCAGCCCCUGGGUGGUCGGUGGGCUGAUGGAGAGCCAGCUGGUGAUAUUUCGUACUGUCCACUAUGUAUACAUAAACCUACGUUGUUAACAGUUUGUGGUCAUCACUCCCGAACUGGAGAGUGGUCCGACGCCAAGCUGGGCUGCUGCACAAACCAAGUCAUGAAAUAAACAAUAAACCUUCA